CGCAAUUACGAGGCGCUUUAGACUGCUACGAGGAAGUAGUUUGGUGGAGAUGUAUCUCACGAACGGCUCGGGUGGUGGGGGAAAUACGGGCUACGGAGGAUCGGGAAAUGGACCGGGAAAUGAAUUUUCCCAUCAAGGGAACCAGGACGGCUCUGGAGGUGCUUUCGCAAAUGGCAACAAUGUUGUGGUCGGUUCCGGUGGGGUUUGUUAUAACUGCGGGAAACCGGGUCAUAUUGCGCGCGAUUGCUGGUCCAAGAGAGGACGACCGUACCAGCAGAGCUUCAACCAGCCGGAUCCUGAACUAGAGGAGAUUAAGGAGCAUCACAGACAGUUGAGGCGGGAAAGACAAGAACUAGAGGAGAGGCGGAGAGCGGAGGAAGAGAAGAAGACCAAGGAGGAAGAGGAACAACGUAGAAACCUGGACUUUGCUAGGAAAAUGGAGGAGUUGCGACUGCAGUUGCGUAUGGAUCUUAACGAAGAAUGGCGACGAAGGGAGCAAGAAGCGACUGCUGCGGUGCGAAACACGAAGGGCGCGAAGAACAAAGAGCCAUCAGCUGGGAGGAAUCGAAAAUCCAGGAAGAACAAAUGGAAUGGGAAGAUGUCUAAGAGGGGACAAUAUUCUGACUCAAGUGAGGGGUCUGAAUCGGAGUCAGAAUCUGGGUGGGACUCUACGGUCUCGAUCUCCACAUCGGAUGAGGAGGGUAGYAGAGGAAGGAGUCGACGUAAGAAGGAGAAGGGGAAGAAGCGCGGCGCUAAAAAGAAGGUUGGGAAACAGAAGAACAGGAAGAAGGCUGUCUCGCUGGUGGAUCUGACUUCAAGGUUCGAGCAUGGCGAGUGUUCGAAGCACAGGACUGCUGGACCUGAUAGAACACAAGGCGAGCAGAGACAAAACGAGGAGGACCGAGAUGAGCGGGAGGAAGAACUGAAGACUCCACUCACCGGAGGAUACAAGGGGCUUUCGGCAGGAUGCUCUCAAAAGGGGCUGAUCGAGUACUGCAUCUCUGCCCAUAAGAUUUACUCAGGGAAGAGUGCACCAGAUCUCAGGAAACUAUGUGACAAGAAAGGCAUCCGCUACACGAGGAAGCCUGAGGUGGUUGAACUGUUAACUAGACAGCAAGUCGAGCUAGCGUACGAAGGAUUCGAUGAGAAGGAGGAGGAGGAGAGUGCGGAUGGGAAGGGUAAGGGGAAAGCCCCGGCGACACCGAAGACUGAAGUUAGGAAGGACCGUAUUGUACAAGAGCAGACUGCUGGGAGACAACCACAUGUUGACAAGCGGGAGAUUAGUAGACGAAGGAAGGUGAGGAGAGGCCGAAGGGAAAGGAACGGUAGAUCAACACAGACUCGUGUCAAGGACACGGUAGCUGGAUGCUAUCAAGGGGUUAGCUUUGCAUCGGUGUAUAGUUGGUUGGAUACCAGAAGUGGCAUGGGGGGACUGCAUGAGACGGUGACGUUCAACAAGGGUGAGGUGUGGAUCGAUGGUUGGAGAGCAAUUAAGAGAAAGUUCGGAGAGACGAGAUUGCUGAUCGACAAUAGGCGGGUACUGCUCAAGAAUGCGAAGGAGAGAUUGCAACAAGGGGGUACCGUAGUCUUCCGAAGAAUCGUGAAGAUGAAGACCACGACGGAGAAGAACAAGCAAAUGCUCGUAUUACUCCUCAAGCGCCAGAGACCAGUCGCACAACUUGCGAAUCUGACUACGAACAAGCUGAUAGGUCUGUACCGGGCAGCUGGUUGUUUCACGGAGAAAAAGACCAAACUUGCUAUACAUUGGAGGGUCGAUAGCGCAAUCAGGAGAAAGGUGGGAACUGGCGUAAGGAGGAAGGUCAUUGUGAAAUUACGCUUCGAUUCCUGCAUUUGGAAGAGGGGAAUUCGGAGGAUGACCGAGCAAGUGAUUGAUUACAAAGUGCGGGAUCAAGCUGUAGCAGGUUUCAUGAAGACCAGGAUCCGAGUGAUUUGGAUGAGGAACAAGACUGUGGGUCAGCUGCUUCAUAACCAGAAGACCUUUGCAGUGGAGGAGCAAUUCCCAUGUAAAUGUAAUGUUCUCAACCUCCCAAAGGUAGAAGGUCACGUUGCAACAAGGUUUGCUGAUUUGGAGGACGUGCCGACGUUCCUGCGCAACUCUAGGAACGUCACAAGAGCUAGCACAACUCUAAAGGAGAACACUCUGAUCCAGGCGGUCCUCAACGGUACGAAGCGCAUCCGGGGACCAGCACCGACGAUUAUGGUGCCCGAGGGUACCAUUGAUGUGGGCAGGCGCGCAUCUUUGGCCUGGACGGAUCUUGAAGUCAGGAGAUGGGGCAAGAAUUUGAGGGGCUUAGUCCUAGUGCUGGUAGACCGGAAUCAGGGGGACACCGCCGUGUUCUGUCCGAUUCUGUACAGACAUGCGUUUGGGAAAACUUUUCUCUGGAACACUAACUACCACGAGGUCUGCCCGAUCGAGUUGGAGGCGGAUUUCCUGGCUCGCUGUAAGAAGGAUUUUAUGGAAGCAGGACUGCAUGUUUUUGGCCCAUGGCGAGCUGGCGGCAGACUGGGAACCGCGUAUGUCAUCCCAAAACACAAGGAUUUGGGAAGAUGGAGGCCAAUAGCACCGUCGCCCUCCGACCCUGCACCUGUUACACUGAAGAGGAUAACUAGGGCUUUGCAUUAUCUGCUGCUGAGGCUCCCGGCGAGGGGCUCAUUCUACCUCAACUCAGUUGCGGACCUGCGCGAAGGCUUGGAAUCGGCAACACGAAGUUUGGACGUCGCUGGCUGCUCACAUGUGGUGGGGAGGUGUUAUGAUAUUAAGGAAAUGUUUUCGCGGAUCCCACAUGAAGCCGUGAUUCAAGCUGUUGAGCAGCCACUUUGCAUGUUUGAAAACAACGGCUGGAAGUCUAUGAAAGUGACAUACCGAGCAAAGACGUGUGUCAUCAGCAACUCGAAGAAGAAGAGUGACGGGUAUGUCAGCUUCACACUCCAGGAUCUGCUCCGAGGGGUUCGUUUCAACCUCGAGCACUCAGUAAUUCGAUGUGGUAGGAAGAUUAUGAAGUAGAUUUCCGGUAUCCUGAUGGGGAAGUCCACGAGCCCUGUUUUGGCCUCUAUCACAUGUGCUAUGGCGGAGUUCCGUUUUCU